GACUGUGUGUGCACGCCUCAUAAUCAGAAGGCCAUAAAUCACGUGUGGGAGCGGAAAGGCAAAAAAGCGUUUAUUGGUUGGGGCAGCUAAAAAUUUAAAAAAAAAUAUGAACAGGCGAAAUUGGACAGCACAAAAAAAUUCGGGACACAAAUCAAUGCUCAAUAUUUUCUUUUCCAUAUCCUUAUCUUUUCUUUUUGCACCCGAUAAAUUCCUACAAAAUGCGCAUUCUAUCGCACACCAUCCGUAAUACCAAGCCAUUCUUGCAGCGGUGUCUUUCAACGCAGGUGCAUAAGGGUAUUGUGCUAGGGCUUCACUCAGACAACAAGCUCAGCAGUGGCUCCAAAGCUGCGAUCUCAGUCGCCGAGCAGCAGCACAUUCUGGAGCAAGCCCAGGCUCUCGGGCACACAGGCGAACCCGGAACAGUUCAACUGAUGCUCAACCCCGCACGCACCCAACAGAUUGCGCUUGUUGGCCUUGGCUCGAACAAGGACGAGUCGCUCAGUGAGGUUACCCGCGCGGCAGUUGCUGAGGGGAUCAAAAAGCUGUAUGCAAACAAGGUCAAGGAGGUAUCUAUUGGGCCAAUGCCCUGCUCUCGGGCAGCAGCCGAGGGCGCAACCCUGGGCUUGUACACGUUUGACAAGUUCAAAACCCAUGAAAAACAGGAGGCUACCGAGGUGACGUUUAUCGAGGAUAAUGAUGUUGCCGCUGGAAAAGUGUGUGCCGAGGCGCAGAACUGGGCGCGCGAUCUGAUGAAUACACCAGCCAACCAUAUGACGCCGCAGAUAUUUGCGCGUUGCGUCGAGGAACAGCUCGGCGGGCUGGAAAAUGUGACGGUCAAUGUUUACGAUAAGCAGUGGGUUGAGGAUCAGCGCAUGGGCGGGCUAUUGGCUGUGUCGAAGGGAUCCGAAGAGCCGCUGCGUUUUGUUGAAAUAAUUUACCGCGGCCAUGCGUCGGCUGACCAGGUGCCGCUGGCGAUGGUCGGGAAGGCCGGCAAGCACAUGGAUUUGAUGAAGGGCGAUAUGGGCGGCGGUGCUACAGUUGCUGCUGCCAUGCGCGCAGUUGCUCAGCUCCAACUCCCCAUCAAUGUCGUUGCCACUAUUCCGCUGUGCGAAAACAUGAUCAGCGGCGGUGCAACCAAGGUGUCAGACAUCUACACGUCGCGCGCGGGCCGCGUGGUUUUGGCCGAUGCCCUGCAUUAUACUGUGGAAAAGCACCAGCCUAGCACCAUCAUCGAUGUUGCCACGCUGACUGGCGCUAUGGUCAUGGCUCUCGGCGAGCUCUACACAGGUGUUUUCACUCCCAGCCCAGCCCUGUGGUCGCGCAUCGAGGGCGCGUCCAAGGGUUCGGACGAGCCUGUCUGGCGCAUGCCCCUGCAUGACGCCUGGGAUGCCAUGCUCAAGUCGCCGGUGGCCGAUCUGUCCAACAUUGGAAACAAGUCGGAGGCCGGCGCAUGCACUGCCGCCGCCUUUUUGCGCCACUUUGUUCGAGACUCGAGGGCCGUGAAGAAGCAGGGCACGCUUGCCCGUGACCAGAACAAUGAUGAGUCGCUACCCCGCUGGGCUCACCUUGACAUCGCCGGUCCUAUGGAGGCGACCACGUCAACUGGCUACCACCACCGCGGCAUGUCUGGCCGUCCGACCCGCCUGCUGAUCGAGCUUGCCAGCCAGCUGGCCAAGAACCCGAUUUCAUAAAAAAAAUUAUAGAAUAUAAAUUGCAGGAUUGUAGGUAGAACUCGCGCAUUGGUCUGAUAUCCUGAUAGACCUUUCGCUAUCUGCUAUCCGUUUUUUUGCAUUGUCGAUUAAAUAUUAUAUUUUCACAAA